AUGGCUUCCGGUGACAUACCAAGCGACCAGUUCGCAGUUCUGCCGAUUCGCAUGCCUCCUAUGCCUUCCUUCCCUCAUAGCGCUGUCCACGAAGUUCGCAUUCGCCGAAAUACGCCAAAGAUCCCUACCGCAAACGACUCCCGGAGUCUUUUUUUGAAGAACAUUCCAGCCGAUAGCACUGAGCCUCACUUCAGAGCAGUAUUCACAAAUCUCGUAGGCGCUGGCCGCUUCGAGACCAUUUUCUUCCACGAUGAAGCCACAACUGCCUUGCCUGUUGGCCCAGCUCAAGCAACAAAGAUGCAAGGCUUUGCAAGGAAACGAAAGAUGAAGGACGUCGAAGCUGAAGAGAGGGAACUGGAAGAAAAAGCCUCCCAAUUACCGCAGAUAUGGACAAGACAAUUGCACAGGAGUAGUUGCACGGCAGUGGUUUUACUUGCCGAUGAGAGGAGCGUCCGUUUAGUGCUCAAGGCGAUCGCAAAAGUUCAAAAGAGCAAAAAAUAUCCUGUUUGGGGGGAAAAUAUGGCAGACGAAGUUCCAGAGCUAGGAUCGUCGUGGGUAUCAGAGCAUCUACAACUCUCACGAGUUGAUAAAUCUGCCACACAAGCGGCCGUCCACGCCUUCUUCAACGCAUACAACCGUAAGGAGAAGGAGGCUAUUGAAUUGGCCAAAAGGCUUCGGAAUGAGCCGGAUGAGGAUGGCUUCGUCACGGUUACAAAAGGUGGAAGGGCGGCGCCUGCUAGCCGUGGCGAAGCUGAAGAGGCUAAGCAGCGAAUGCUAGACAAGGCUGCCAAGAAGAAAUCUGAGUUGAAGAACUUUUACCGCUUCCAGCUUCGUGAGGAGCGCAAGAAGCAACAAGCAGCUCUUCUUCGACGAUUUGAAGAAGACCGACGAAAAGUGAACGCUAUGCGAGAGAAACGUGGCAAGUUCAAGCCGGAGACCUGA